CGAUCGAAACAUGCGAUGGCUGUAGCAGAGAGAACCGUAUCUUUGCUGAUUUACGCUGGUUUGGCGUACAUUGCCGCUUCGAUUGCUAGCGACACGGUGCUUGCUAAUAAAAGGAAGGUUACCGAUUCUGAUGAACAAAACGAAAAGAAGCAAGAGAACAAAGAAGGUUUGAAAGACAGAGUUAACUCAAUAUCGCGAAGAAUAUCGACGACUGUGGAACGAAUCAUUUCAAAGGCUCGUGGUAGUAAUUGUGACGUAACAAGAGACUGCGAGAAUGUCACAUGUGACGUCACAGACGCAAAUAAUCUGAACGUGGGGGAGCAACGCGAUUUUAAUUGUGACGCAGUUGAGAGAUUCGAGUCUGUUGGAAUCGACAGUUCUGUUGGCGAGGAUUUAAAAACUAGAGUUUCGAACUCGGGAAGUGAAGCUGGUGACUAUCCGUGUAUGAGCGAUUCAUCUGAUUUUGAACUCUGUUCGACCGAAACGUCACAUUCAGAAUGGACACCUUCCGAAACUGAUUCGUGUGCGACCGAUUCAACUGAAUUCCCAACCAGUUCAAAUAAAACGUCACAAUCAGAGCAGUCACCUGACGUCACAGGGCCGCGGAUGGAGAACAAUGGGCGACCCAUUUUCGACGAAGUACGGCGCAAUCACGUGACGGGUAAUCCAGAAAUCGGCGACGACGCGAAUAGCGAAGUUUCGACGCGAACUUCUCUUCAUUGUGACGUCGACAGCGGCGGGGGAAAGAUGGUUCGAGAGAACGACGAUGACGUGGUGUAUGAACAGCAACUUUUAUCAAUGGAAUCUGAAAUGUUGAUAAACAAUGGGAUCAUUGAAAGUGGGUUGCUGGUGGGAAAGGAGUUUGUGAAUUAUGAAGACCCAGGAAUUCCAAGAUCGCCCACCAUGGACACGAUCAUGGAGGAAGAAGAGGAAGAGGAGAUAAAGAAAGAGAAUAACGGGAGCAGUAGUGAGGAGCAGAGUGAAACAGACGAAGCGUCUGAUGAUAAUAGCCACUGUGAUGUCAUAAUAAACUCGAGCACUGAGAAUGUAACUGUUGAAACAAGCGACAAUCACAAUGUUAUCGUUGACGUAACAGUGGCUGAUUAUCCAGCGCAAGGUGACGCAACAAGUCACGUGACCACCGUCAACCUGCAGUCAGCAAACGAAACAAACGAUACUGUGACGUCACAGAGCGACUCAUCCCCACAUAAUACGUUGGUUGUUUCCUGUAACGAACCUGCCUACGUCACAGUGAAUGCGGUGAAUGGUUAUUGUGAUUCUAACAAUGCAAGCAGUUACACAGCGUUGGCAAUGGGACAGAUUUGCACCACAGACACCGAAGGACACGAAAACGCGAAAAGAGACGUGAUUGUGACGUCAGAAUCAAACAAGCAGAACCGUGACGUCACUACGGAAGCUAAAAAUGAAAUCGUGGAAGAAACACAAGAAGUUCUGGAAGAUUCGAAAGUUUCGGACACAGAUGUCGGAUUGAAAGCGGUGGACCAACGAACCAAUGACGUCAGUGAUGAUAACGUCAUAGAAAAAACCGAAGAUGUGAAAGAAGACGAAAUUGUGAUACAGCAAGAGACGAAAGAAACCAGUAGGACAGGAUCCACUGUGAAGUGGGGCAAAGAUCACGUGAUUUUAAACGGAAGUCGGUCACUAAAGGGCGCCCCUACCCUAUGCAGCUUGAAAGUAAAGUUUUGGUGUUCAACAACAACAACGAAUGUUGAAAAUUGUUGCGAUUUCGGUGUUCAUGUAGGCACGGUGGAAGGACUAAGUUCAGAUACAUCGAAAAUAUACGUGAAAGUAAUACUUGAAGACCCGGACGGUAACUCACCAAGAAUUAAAAAGAAGACGUCACCUAAAAAGCUGACGUCAUCAGUGAGGUAUGACAAAGAGAUAACCCUGCGGAAAGUUCCCCAACCCUUGGUCACUCGUGGGCGACUCUUAGUGGCAGUUUGGUCGAAGUCUGUGAAGAAAAACAAAAAGAUUUGUGACGUCGAUAUUGAUUUUGGAAAACAAAUUCGUUUUGGAGAAGAACGAAGUGACGUCAUGACACUUUCGAAAAAAAUCACCACGAGUCAAUCGGGUGUGGAAGCCAUCCUUUAUUUAUGCUGACAUGCUAUUAUGACGUCAUAUACAACAAACAAAUGUCUAAACACAAUGAACUCGAUCGACACUUUUCCGCGUUUAAUUAAACCACUUUAUUACUUCACAGUAAGAGCAUUAUUGUUUUGAAACAAUCGGUUUGAGAUAAUUAUUUCCGUUCGUGGUGCUACAUGUGACGUCAUAAUCAUCUUUGUUUUAAUUUCAACGUAAGGAUAAUUCCCCAUUGUUCCUUUUUAAUUGUUCGUCGCGUUAUUAAUUAAACGAUUAUUGUUGAACAGAAACGUUGCGGGUUCGCCAGCUUAAAAGUCCGAAAACAUAA